GGGCUUCCUCCCAGGAGAGGAGGGAGGUGAUUGGGUCUGCCUCCCUUAAAGGGGAGGAGCCAAAAGAGUGGGAGGAGCUCCCCUUGGGUGGGAGGAGCCUAGCCCUCAUUCUUCCCGCCCUGAGGAAGGAAGGAAGGAAGGUGUGCAGCUGAGGGCCUCUGCAAGGGCCCGCAGGCCAGCCACCUCCCUAGGCAGAGGGGGGGUCCCCCUUCUUCCUUCCCAGCCCGGCCCACCCUCGCUGGGGCACCAUGAAGCUCCUCCGCCUGCUGUGCCGCCACAAGACUGCCCUGGGCCUGGGCGGCCUCUCCCUCUUCGGGGUGGUGCUUCUCUACCUGGCCAAGUGCACCUCCGAAGGCCUCCGGCCGUCCCAGGGCGGGGGGCUGCCCCAUCAGCAAGUGGCCCGGAGCCCCGGGGGGCUCCACCCUCCCGCCGCCGCCCCAGCCCCUGCUCCUGAGGAGACCGCCUUCCUGGCCGUCCUGGUGGCCAGCGGCCCCAAGUAUACCGAGCGGCGCAGCAUCAUCCGGAGCACGUGGCUCUCGGCGGCCGGCCGGGCCCCCGGCGGGGACGUCUGGUUCCGCUUCGUGGUGGGCACCGGCGGCUUGACCGGGGAGGAGCUCCGCCCCUUGGAACUGGAGGAGAGCCGCCACCGGGACUUGCUGCUCCUGCCGGACCUCCGGGACUCCUACGAGAACUUGACCGCCAAGGUGCUGGCCAUGUACGUCUGGCUGGACCAGCACCUGGACUUCCGGUUUGUCCUCAAGGUGGACGACGACACCUUCGUGCGCUUGGACGUCCUGGUGGAGGAGCUGCGGGCCAAGGAGCCGAGGCGCCUGUACUGGGGCUUCUUUUCUGGCCGCGGCCGCGUGAAAUCGGGGGGCAAGUGGAAAGAGAACGCCUGGCUCCUUUGCGACUACUACUUGCCUUACGCCCUCGGAGGGGGCUACGUCCUCUCGGCCGACCUGGUGCGCUAUUUGCACCUCAGCCGGGACUAUCUCAACCUCUGGCAGAGCGAAGACGUCUCCUUGGGGGCCUGGCUCGCUCCGGUGGACGUCAAGAGGGUCCACGAUCCGCGCUUCGACACGGAGUACAAGUCGCGCGGCUGCAGCAACAAGUACAUUGUGACUCACAAGCAGAGCAUCGAGGACAUGCUGGAGAAGCACCAGACGCUCGCAAAAGAAGAGAAGCUUUGUAAAGAGGAGGUUAAGCUCCGGCUGUCUUACGUGUAUGACUGGAGCGUGCCUCCCUCGCAGUGCUGCCAGAGGAAAGACGGCAUCCCUUGAAGGGUGCAUGGAUCAGGGGGAAAGGGGCACCCAUGGAGACGGACGUGUGUUACACUGAAAUACUUCCCUCUGCGGCCAGAGGUUUCCGUUCCUCUGGGACUUCAGUUUGUCAGGACCCUACUGGAUCACCACCACCACGGUCAAAAGGGGCCUCUGAAGACAAGACAGCAUGGACUGAGGGAAUGAAAUUGUUCUAUAGCUUCCUUACAUUAAUCCACCAUUGGAUGUGACAGGCCUUUGUGCCAUCCCGUAGAACGGUGCUUCCCAACCUUAUGGUUCCCCAGAUGUUCUUGGACUACAACUCCCAGAAAUCCUUUCCAGCACAGCAGGAUUCUGGGAAUUGU